UGUUAUAUAAAACAGAAUCUUUUAUUAAAUAUAAAGACAAAAGAACAAGAAUUGGAAGGAUUCUAGUGAUAGUAUCAACUUCUGGUGGUAUUGAAUUGAAGGUCCAACCUCUUUAUUAUGGUUCUGAAUUACCAAAGAUUUUUGCAAAUUCAACAAAGUUGGAACGAGCUCAGAAUGGAGAACUAUGGUUAAGUGAAAUAUCAUGUUUGAUUGACCUACAAAACAUUAUUGAACCAAUCAAUAUCUGGCUUCAAGACACUUCACAACCUGUUAAUGGUUAUCAAUUUUAUGUUAGUGAAAUUAUAUACAAUUAUGAGGGUCGAUGGAAGAUUAGAAAAGUUGAAUUUCGGCAUCAACAUCUAAGUGAAUAUACCUCUAUUGCUAAAGCAUCCCGUUUAAGCUUUAGUUUCACUUUUACUGAACAAACAUAUAAAGAAUUAGAAGAGGCUUUGAGAAUUGAACAUAAUCUUUUAUUAAAAGGCUUUCAAAGUUUCAAUACAGAUCCAUUGCUUCAACCUAUAUUAUCUGAUUGGUAUAUGACUCAAAAUAUUCAAAAGGAAGAUACAAUCAUUAUUAGUACAAAUAUUUCAUCACAUGAUGAUAAAAUAAUAAAUAUCAAAGCACAAAAGCGUUUAUUUAGAGAUAAAAUCCGUAAAAUUGCUUUACCUGUACAACUUGAUAGAAAUCUUCAAUUUACCCAUGAUACUAUAAGCGCAUAUGAUAUCUAUAUUUAUACCCUUAUAGACGAUGAUGGCAAAUUUAACAUGAAUUUAGAUAUACAUGCUGGUGAUAUAGUACAGAUGCAAGAAGAGAAUGAUAUUUCUUACGCUAUAAUAAAGGCAUUAUUCACACAUAAGUAUAAUAAUGGCUUAGUAUAUGCAUUUAUUUGGGUUGAUUGGUUGUGA